UAAAAACCAAAAUACAAAAAUUAAAUUCAUAAAAAUCAUCCCGAAAUUAUCUAAAAAUUCUAUUUAGCACACUCACUGUAUCUACAAAAAUUUGAUGUUUUCCCACAUCCAAACAAAAAAAAAAAAACUCCAACUACUCCCAAACAAAUCAAAACCAAUCCCACCUGAGUUUUCAAUGCAAAUAUGCUAAUUUGAUACUCAGAUGCUACUAGAAAGGAGACAUUUUAGCCGCAGUUACAUGCACCACUACAAAUCCUUUAAGCCUUACAAAAGAUUAGUAGUUGAUCUUAAUUAACCUUCCUGCAUUUCAUUGGCCAUGCUCCCCUCAAUUCAAAAUAUAGUUCCCUUCCCUCCAAAAGAAAAAUUAUCAUCUCCAUCUUUGUCCUCUACUCUCCAACCUUGAGAAUAUCCUCUGUAUAUUCUCUCAGAUAUACUUAGAAUUUCCCUGAGAUUACCGAAGAUUAAUAAAUUCUUACGUCCUUAAUACUAUGUUUCUUUAAGGAGAGGAAUUCGGGGAGGUGGUCUCUGUGGCAAGAAUGGAGAGCCACAGAAGGACAACCUCGCCCUCUUGUGUUGUCUUCGCCUACGAUGCAACACGGGAACACACCAAGCAUGAAUUCCAGCUGACUAUUAAUAAUGCUCGAAUGCGUGGUGACAUUAUCUCUGCCGGUGAUACAUUGCUCGUUCUCGGUGUGCUUCAUACCAUCAACAAUCCGAUGGGUUACCAGACAAAAGCUUGCACUGAUUCAUUUGCUGGGACGAAUGCUCGAGCUCUUGAAGAAGAAGCCUUGAAGAAACUUGAUUUGUACGAGAGCAUGCUUCUUCCAAUUGCUGAAACAAUCAAAAAGGAAAGGGUUGGGCUGAAAGUAAAAAUAACUGCUGGAACACCAACCAAAAGAGUUAUAGUGCAAGAGGCUUUGUCACAUAAGCCUUCUUGGAUAAUACUAGAAAGGAAUCUAAGAAAUAAUUUGAAGUUCUAUGUGAAUCACAUACCUUGCAAAGUUGCAGCAAUUCAAGAUACCCAGGCAGUGGAUGUGGUUAAACAUUUUUAUACAAAUCCAUCAAGUGACUCUGAUUUCAAAUCAGUCUAUUCCAUUGAACGAACUAUUUAUUCCACAUCAAAUGAGCAAUAUCUUUUCGAUAAUGAGCAAUCAUUUGUCUCCGGAGGAGACAAACCUAACUCUAUCUUACAGUAUGAUUCCUUGGAAAUGCCAAUUCUCUGUGCUGCCUGUGGAUUAAGAUCAUCACUUUAUGUGAAAGAGUCUAUGAGAUUCCAAUUUUCAGAAAUCCAAAAAGCAACAGAAGACUUUUCAAAGGAAAAUUUAUUAGGGGAGGGUGGGUUUGGUCAUGUAUAUAAAGGACAGCUAAAAGACGGUCAACUUAUCGCGGCAAAGAUGCGAAAAGAAGCAAGCACACAGGGCUAUUCGGAGUUUUUCUCCGAAGUUCAUGUUCUAAGUUUUGCUCGGCAUCGAAAUAUAGUGAUGCUUCUUGGUUAUUGUUGCAAGGAGAACCAUAACAUUCUCGUAUACGAAUACAUUUGCAAUAGAUCCUUGGAUUGGCAUUUAUUCGAUGAAUCUGCAAACUUCCUGGAAUGGCACACAAGACAUUCAUUGGCCAUGGGAAUAGCGAAAGGGCUUCGGUUUCUACAUGAAGAGUGUCGCGGAGGACCAAUAAUUCAUAGAGAUUUGAGGCCAAGCAACAUACUUAUAACCCAUGAUUUUGUUCCUAUGCUCGCUGAUUUCGGCCUUGCAAAAUGGAAAUCUGGUGGAGAGUCAUUCCAAACAAGGAUCCUUGGAACUUCAGGAUAUCUUGCACCUGAAUACGCAGAGUAUGGUAUCGUAUCUGUCAGAACUGAUGUUUAUGCAUAUGGCAUUGUUCUAUUUCAAUUGAUUUCUGGUCGACGAGUUCUUGACGAUAAAAAAGGGCAAUCUCAACAUAUAUUGCAAUGGGCAGAGCCACUGGUUGAGAGUCUCGCAUUGCAUGACCUCGUUGAUCCACACCUUGGAGACUCAUUCGACACUCAUGAACUGUAUCUUCUUGCUAGAGUUGCAUUUCUUUGUGUAAGAAGAAAACCAGAAAUGCGACCAUCUAUGGGAGAGGUGGUGCGUCUCCUUGAAGCAAAGAACAACAACAAUGCUAAUGAAUUGGUGCAGCAAUUCAUUCCUCACUAUGUUAAGUGAUUCAGAAGACAAAUUCUAAAGAUUUGGAAUUGGAAAUUAAAUCUUGAAUUGAAGAAGAAAUUGGCAGCACUGAUCAUACUAUCAGAUAAUGUUCCUGAAGGGACUUCUCCAUUAAUAAGUUCCAUCUCUUUCAUAUCUAAAAGCAUUAUGGUGAUGUAUGUAGCAUGAUGUUGUUUCGGCACUUGUUAACUCCACAGUGCCAUCUAAAUUUAGUCAAUGCAUUAUGGAGUUGGUGCAAGUAGACACUAAAAUUAGAAGCAAAAAAAUAAUAAUAAUAAUAAUAAGGAAAGAAGAAAAACCUAUGAAAUAAAAUAUUAAGAAUAUGAACUAGACUGAUGUUAGAAGCGCAAAAGAUUUAUAUAAAAGACCAACACCACCCUGAAAUGUUGCCUUGCCCUCAAGGCGAAAGAAAGGAAACUACACAACUAGGAGGUCAUAAGCUUCCCAGCUGGCUUCCUCCAAUGGAUGAUGGUGCCACUGGACAAGUAAUUGAAGAAUAGCAACACCCGAAUCCUUUUCCAGGAGUAGGCCAAAUUUUUGUCAGGUUCAACUUCAAAUUACCAAUCUACAUUGAUGAAAAAUUGGAAGAGGGGCAAAAGUAGACUCCCAAUAUCCUUUCGCAAGACAAAGCAAGACAUGGAAAAUGGGAUGAACUUUGGAUGUAGGAGGCAGCUGUAAGCCUGUAACUAAUAUAUAACUGGACCAACCUUACAUACUUAGUAAUAAGGUCCAAAAUAUUGAGGCAAAAGCUUUACGUAUUGACCAACGAUCAAGUGGUCUAUUGGUAGCCGGGUCCCCAAUAGAACCUUUCACAAGUAGUGAGAGUUCGAAUCUUGGGUGAGGGUGCAUUUCUGGGAGUGUGAGUAGUGGUUGUGUGCGGGUGGUCCCAGCGCCCAUGUGUGCGCGGGCCCCGCUCCCACUUGCUCCGCCGAGGCUUGUGCACGCCCCUGCCUUUCUUAGCGGCUAGACCGCUCAUCUUGGCA